AAGAUCAUUUGUGCGUGUUUGAAAAGUCAACACCCAUGUGCACCACUCCCCACGGUUGAUGAUAACAGUCACAAAGAGGCCCGACUCAAAAAGACGAUAAGACAGGCCAUUCAGGAUAUUCGAUGUCACUCUGACAAACUUGGAUGGCGAUCGAUUCAGAUCAGGCGUGGUCAACGCCAGAUGUUAUUGAAGGGUUGAAGAAGAAGCUUGAAGUACUAUCGAUGUGAAGAAGGGGCGGGACGAACGUACCGUCGGGGCCCGGACAUACCAACCAUCAUGUGGCCUUCUCUCUCAUGCUAGAUCAGUCAUAAGAUAAACGUCAACGCGCACUGGCAUUAUCAUCCACCUACGAAACCCACCCACCAUCGCUUGUAACCCCAAAACCACAGAAAUCCAUGUCCUCACUCAAAGUAAGGGAAGGCGAAGCCGCUUUUAACGUUCCUGGUGCAGGCAAGCCUUGCAAGACUUGGUACAAGGUGUACGGUACUCUUCCCCACCCACAUAACACACCACUUGUAGUACUUCACGGCGGUCCCGGUUCAACCCACGAAUACCUCGACAUCCUCUCCGAGCUCACACGUCUCUUCGACGUACCCGUCAUACUUUAUGAUCAACUCGGCAAUGGACGCUCCACACAUCUCCCAGAGAAGAACGGAGACGUGGACUUCUGGACUGUCCAGCUCUUCGUUGACGAGAUGCACAACCUCCUGAACCACUUAAACAUCCAUGACAACUAUAACGUACUUGGGCAGAGCUGGGGAGGGAUGCUGGCAUCAGAGUUUGCAGCGCGCCAACCGAAAGGCCUCGGGAAACUGGUGAUUGCUGAUUCGCCAGCGAGUAUGGCGCUGUGGGUUAAGGCCGCAAAUGAGUUGAGGAAGGAGUUGCCGCAGGAAGUUCAGGAUGCGUUGAAUAAGCACGAGGCGGCGGAUACAACAACGGAUCCAGAGUAUAUUGCCGCAACGAACGAAUUUUACAAGCGGCAUCUGUGUAGGCUCGACCCAAUGCCUCAGUCCCUUGUGGACGGGCUUGCAUGGAUGGAAAAGGAUCCGACUGUGUACUCGACCAUGAAUGGACCGAAUGAAUUUUACAUCACUGGCUCUCUAAGGACGUGGAACGUGAUUGACCGCUUGCACAAUAUUCAGGCGACGACAUUGCUCAUCAAUGGGAGGUACGAUGAAGCACAAGAUAUGGUUGUAGAGCCCUUCUUUCAGCAUAUUCCGAAGGUCCGAUGGAUACAAUUUGCGGACUCAGCGCAUGUCCCGCAGUUAGAAGAGACGGAAAGGUUUAUGCAGGUGGUGUGGGCCUUCUUGCGUGGUUGAAGCGGCUGGAAGUAUAGAAGCAGCGUGAAAGAAAUGAUGAUGGGAUGCACAACGUAUGGUACAGGUCGAUCAUGAGUGCAAGCUGUAAUAUUAUUGCAAGGCCUCCAAACUGCAAAUCGAUUGCAUUAGUUCAGCGUUUGAUCUGUUGAGGGCUCACCUUGCCCGCGGAUCUUGACUCAACAAACAUAUUUUUCUCAUGACACGUGUAUAUAUCUAGAAGCUGGUGCAGAGCCUGGACAGAGUCCGCCGAGUCCAGACCAUAUGUAAACGAGUCUGUGAGUCAUGUACUCAUCACGUGAUACAUGUACA